UGUCUUGAUAAGAUAUUGUUAACGGUGUGAGAUAUAUCUGCACCUCGACUGGAGAUGCCAGUUCCCACUUAGUGAGUGGCAAGAUGCCGAUCUUCGUGAGCGCCUACAGUCUACGUGCCAUCAGCAAGUACUAUGACCACCAAGAUCAGAGUGGCCUGGACAAACUGUGCCACUUGACUAAUCAUCUGGUAGCUUUUAUCUCGGCUAAACUCCAUAAUGUGUUGUUUGCUCUAUUUUUCGCUACGAUAGCACGUCGUAGUCCCUCGCCAGCCGCCGUCUCCCAGUCCACGUAUGGCAGCCUGGAAUCCAUCCCAGGCAUACACAUUCGCGUCGACAAGGAUUGCGAUGUCAGCGAAUCCACUCCCCUGCUGGCAGCUGCUCAGCGCUCCACCAAUACACAUACACCCUCAUCCCACACAGCCUCCUCCUCGCCGGCGCUGUCUUCCUGCAACCCGACGCUCCAGCACGACUGCAUCAAUUGGCGCUCGGUGGGUCUGCUGGUCAUGUGUGCCUCCGCCUUGGCACUCGCCGCCUAUUUGCUCUGGAGACAAACCCAAGCGCCUGACUUUGGCUACCGACUCAGUCUCAUAGGGCACGAUGUAUGGUCGGAUGUGGAUCUUCAGGGUCGGGGCACACUCUUGGAUCCGAUCAGUGUCUGCACAGUGAUCUUUACCCAUACCGAGGGCAAUGGGUGCCAUGAUGAUUGCCCGGAUGUAUUGCGUGAGUUGGAAAGGUCGCAUCUGGGGGAGCUGCCCUACAACUUCCUGGUGGCCGGCGAUUGCCAGGUCUUUGAGGCACAAGGUUGGCACUAUCGAAGCCAAAUCCCGAGGGAUCUUCCCGGAAAAGACUCUUUGGUGGUGGCCUUCGUGGGUAACUUCAGUGGGAGACCACCCAUCGCCUGCCAGUUGAUGGCCGCCCAGGCUCUGAUCCUGGAAUCCCUGAAGCGCCGUACACUGCGGCAGGAGUACCAACUGUACGUGAUGGGCAGCAGAACGGACGCACUGCAGCGCGAACUGCGACACUGGCCGCACUACGCGAGCCACCACACGGAUAAGUGAAUCCACACAGACACACGGUUCCAAAAUGAUUCCUCUCGUUUAUUGUACGCCAAACACAAACAGUAUACAAAGAAGCGCAGGAUGAGUAAAGCGGGUGCCACCGAUAAGCGAAUCUGGGAUCCCCUGGAUCGGGCGCUGGCCAGGAUCGGGGGACCGGCGAAGCGUUGCGCAUUGGGUUAACGGAUGAUGCCUAAGACUAAGGACUAUAAACUUAAACAACUACAACUGGACCAGUCGACUAGGCUAGUCGAAUUCCAGUUUCCGAAAGCUGCCCUCGAUGGACUCGAUUUGUGAAACGAAGUUUGGUCCGCCGGUGGAGGCCUUUUCGGCAUUGAAGCUGCUUUUCCGCUGGAUGCCGCGAUCGGAGAGCAGAGUGCUCUUGUCCAGGCCGAGGAUGAGGUCGCGCUUGGUCGCCAGCUCCUGUUUCCACAGCUCGAUCAUCUCACGCAUGGGCACUUUGCCGCCCAUUUCCAGUGGCAGACAGCCCUGAUCCACGCUCUUCAUCAGCUCCUUUUCGCUGCCGUAGAUGAUCAGGCGGUUCUUCAUCUUGGAGCUGACGCGGUUCUUCACGAAAUCAAUGAGCCACUUGAGCGUGGAUGGCACAUUGAUAAGGUGGAUCUCCUUGUGACGCAUGGGCAGCGAUUGCUCACCCCACUUGAAGAUGCGCGCGAACUCCGUGGGAUUCCAGUUGGUCACAUGCGCCGUGGUCACACCGGCAAAGUCACCCACAUGCGUCAGUCCGGUGAUCUGCGUCUCCUGAUCCUCCAUCAGGCACUCGUAGGUGAGGAAAUGCGCCUUCGCCUGGUCGCAGCUGGUGUGUAUCUUCGGAUUCAGUCCCUUGGCAUUGAUGACCACCACGCGGCGACCGUGCUUAUCCCGCUGUGGCACCGCAAAAAUGUAUCCCUGAUCGAUGAGGUCGCCGAGUCGCGGCUCCAGAUAGUCCAGCUGGGUGCUCAUGUGCGGAAAUGUGCGCCUGAUGUUCAGGUACUUGAGCAGCGUCUGCUCGGCCAUCGGCACACUGAACUUCUUGGCGCGCAGGAAGCGCAGCAGGAAGGUGUCGUCGCAUCGCACAUUCCGCAGAUCCUCGUUCUUGGCCACCCAAUUGCGCAGCUGCUCCAGGCACUGCUCCCGGGUGCAACGAUCCUCGCGCAGCUCCCGCUUGGCGAUCUUCAGCAGUGCCUCCGGCAGCACUGUGCUCUCUCCCUGAUCCUGCACCAUUCUGGUUUCCUUCUGCGCUGGAAGAUCUGCGGUUCCUUGUGGCUACUCAGUGGUCACGCGCUGGGCAUGGAUUGCGGUCACUACAAAGAAAGAUAAGGAGUCGCGGAUUAGUCGGUUUAUUUUUUUCUCAUAAGCAAGGCGUAUGAUUAAUAGUAUGUGCUUGAAGAGAUUGAGUUUACUUACUUACUUACUUGAAGAAUAUGUAAUUAAAUUAAAUAAGGAAAUAAUAGCUUAGGUAAAAUAUCA